AUGGAGGGUGGUAUGGGUUUUAAGAACCUCAAUUGGUUUAACCAUGCAAUGCUUGCUAAGAAAGGAUGGAGGAUUAUGAAAAACCCUAACUCACUUAAUAUUGCUAGAUUGUACAAGGCAGUAUGCCCUUCUUCCCCUCCUCCAAGAGAUGCUCCAACAGAAGUAGUGGAGUUAAUUGAUCCUUACACAAUGAAAUGGGAUGUUGAGAAGCUUAAUCAGUGGUUCACCUCGACUGAUAGAGAUUUGAUUCUAAGUAUACCUCUGAGUCAUAGAGCUUGGAAUGACAAUUAUACAGGAUAUAUUGGUUACAUGACUUGUUUAAUGUGUGAUAAUGAUGUGGAGAAUGGUGUCCAUUUGUUCACCCAAUGUCCCUAUACAAGGGAAGUGUGGGAGGCUGCCAAUAUAUCAUUGCCAACGUUGGCAAUUUCAGAUUUGAAGGAUGGACUUCUGGAGUUAUCUAGAGUGCUCAAUAAGGAGCAAUUUGCACAAGCUCUUAUGCUAACAUGGUCAAUGUGGACUAAUCGUAACUCUCAAUUAUGGGAAGGUAAGAAACAUCAUCCUACUGAAGCUGCUUUGUUAGCCAUGAGUUGGUUUAAUGAAUUUUCAAAGGCAAAUGACAAAGGCACAACACCACGUGCUCAAAGAAAAGAGUGGUCUACUCUAGCAGAUGAUUGGCUUAAAUGCAAUAGUGAUGGAUCUUUUCUUGCUUCAUGUAAUAGAGGUGGUUCAGGGGUUGUAUUCCGUGAUACUACAAGAGCUUUCAAAGUGGCAGCGAUGCGACAAUUUGAUCAGGGGACCGUAGUACUUUGUCGGAGAUGCAAGUCUCCAUUUCAUGCUGAGUUGCUAGCAGUACAUGAGGGAAUGAAAUUGGCCCAGAGUAUGAACUAUGUGAAAGUUGAAUUUGAGACAGAUUGCAUGAUGUUGGUUCAAGCUUUGAACCAAGACACCAUAGACUGCUCUAUUAUGGGUUUUCUACUUGAAGAUGUACGAGAAUUGAUGCGGGCUAAUUCUCACUAUAAGAUCAUGUAUGCUCCACGUGAAGCCAAUAAAAUAGCAGAUAAGUUAGCAAGUCAAGCUUUGUGUACUACUGAUAGCCAAGUUUGGUUUGUAAUCGCUCCCGAAUUUAUAAAGGAUGCCAAUGAGUGUACUCGUUAA